UUUUCUUCUAAGGCACACGCAGUUGUCCACAAAAACAAACUUGAACCAGACGAGCCUGGGGUCGACAAGUGUGCUUAUAUUUUUCAGCAAGGCCUUCGACAAAAGCUUCAUAAUGGGCUGCCUGUGCGUACGGUAAAGAAGAGUUGGUUUAAGGAAAAAAAACACAAUUUGGUUAUUAUGCGGCCGUGAAAGCGCACUUUACGCACAGCGCGCACCAUGAUACUGUAAAGGUUUGGGACACUUCUUGGCUCCAUUGUUUGCCGUCGUCCUUUGUUUGGCGUUGUUCAACGCGUUGGCUGUCAGUAUCAUGAAUCGUGUGUAAAUCUUAUCAAGAACAACGAAAGGAGUACACAGUGAGCCGACAUGGGGGGCAAACCGAGCAGCCCUGUGUUUGAUGGCAGGACUCGGGCUUAUUCCAGCUCCGAUCUUCCGUCUGGAAACUCCAACGGCGGAGACAGAAUUGCAGGUUUCAGAUACACAAACGGCCCGGAGGGCCCUAGGAUCCGGUAUACAGGAGGAGGCCCUGUGGGCUCUGGACUCAGCAUCCCGACUGGCCGGACAGGGGCUCACGUAUUCACCCAGAGUGUGGAUGGCACAGAUGGUGACCACGAGGUCCCCCCCGAGGGUCACCGGCUGUUCAUUGGCUCUUUGCCGGCUCAGCUCAACUCUCACCUGCUGGGAGGCUUCCACUGCCCUGUGUGCUCCAAGUUUAUGGCCACAGAUGAGAUAGAGAAGCAUCUGCUCAUGUGCUUCAGCAAAACUCGCCUCACCUACAACAAGGACAUACUAUCCAGAGACUCGGGGGAGUGUGCCAUAUGUUUAGAUGAAAUGGAGCAGGGGGACACAAUCGCUCGGCUGCCCUGUCUCUGCAUCUACCAUAAAGGAUGCAUAGAUGAAUGGUUUGAGGUGAAUCGCUCAUGUCCAGAGCACCCGGCGGACUAAAGACUUGCGUGGGACAGCACAUAGCCCUGACCUCACCCAGCUCUCAGGGAUCAGACUUUUUGUCCAAAAUCAUUUGUUGCCUUAAAAAACAGCAUUGAACUACAUACUGCUCUUGCUGUUCAGAAAACCACUGUUGGAGCUGGCCACUAAAUCAGUGAAUGUGCCUGUGCUAACUCUACUACCUUUAUGCCACCUGAGAUCCAGCCAAUCACAUUUGGAGUGCUUUAAGCAGAAGACUUGUACAGCCAGAGUGGUGCAGGAAUGACCUCUGCUACUCAAUGGGGUGCCGAAGGCUGAUGCUGUGCAAUGUGAAUGCGUAAUGUGCCUGUACUAGCUUUAAGGAACAACCUUGGUAUUGACGUUAGAUAUUAGAAGGACACAAUGUAAAUGUACCUUAAACUUAAAAAUACAAUCACGCAAUUCUUGUUAGAACCACUUUCAUUUGACUGUCUAGUUGAAUGAGGAAAUUACUAGUAAUCAUUAUACUCCAAGGAGUGCCAUAAUAUGCUGCUAUGUCAUAGACUGGAAAGUUUUCCUAUUACCUUUGAACCUUGGUUCACUGUACUUUCUACUUGUACUGUAAUGAGUUGCACAAUAAUAAAUAUAUGUCUUAGUGUCCUUUACUAAAA